AUCUCUACCAAGUGUAUUCUAGAGGUCUUUGUGUUUCAAAUGAAAGAAUCUGGAAUACCGGCAGGCUUUAUAAUGGCUUCUAGAAAAUUAAAUAUUACAAUCACUGAUAUUUUACCCUCUUCUGGAAGAAUAUUGUGAUGCUGAUUUCUUAAAGCUUAUCUGACUGCUUAUAUUUGCAGGACUGACUUUGAGGAGCUGAUAAAAUUAGUUGGUCUUCAUCUUCUUUAACAUUCAUUAAGAGUUAACAACUAAUAAUUAUCAAUGACAUCCCAAAAUGCUCCUGAAGUACUGAAUUUAUACUGAUAUGGUGAAUAUUGGACAGACACUGACUAACACGUAAGGCUACUCUGUCAACUUCACUCUCACGCAUUUAGCUGCUAGAAAUCCAACUGUGAGAAUUUCUGCAAAGGUAUCUGUCUGCACGUUUUAACUCCUGAAACUGGACUAUGAGAUUUAUGUACCAGUGGUUUCCUGACUCACACUCCUUGCAUUGACUUGUCGUGAGAUAUGCGUUACUUUUGCUGCGUUGCAUCAAAGUUAUAUAUGUAUUAUUCCAUUUGUUAGUGUUCUUAUUUAUUUCCCUUGCGAAGUGACUGGAAAUAGAGAUUUUUAUCAGCAUUUUUAUCAGAAACGUUGCUGGAAGACUAGCUUAUUCAACUACUUCCUAUACACAAGAAUGCUCCAAGCAAGCCCUUCAGUCUCUUGUUGUGAGACUUUUCAUCUGCUUACUUCUUGCCAUGGUAAUUUUGAUAACGGGCAAGUCGUAUUGCCAGAAAUAAUCAGGAUGAGUGAGAAGUGGUUAUCACUUUUAUAUGGAUAUAGCCAGGAUUAUAUCCGUAUUUUUUUUCUAAUUGAGUCUUCCUUUGUAGAGUAGGUUAUUCAGUGACAUAAAAUAAAGGGAUAUGAGUGAUUAGGUUGUGCUAAUAAAACACCUCAAAUAACAGUUUUCAAGACACUAUUUUCACAUGAUAAGAGUAAAUGGUAAUUUUAACACUGGCUUCCAACAUAGCAAACAUGGGAUUGUGUAGUUGAUGACUGAUCAGUGCAAUCUGGACAUCGCACCAGGUGUCAGCUUUAGGGCAGUUUUGAACACAUCAUGUAAGAGACUUGCAGCUGCUCAUGUUUAAGAGCAGGGGUACAGGUAUUAGUUAAGGCAGCAAUUAAACUGAGUAGUUUGGUAUGUGCCUUAAUUUAUAAAUGGGUAAGGAAAAACAACUGCUGUUAUCUUGCAUUGUUAUACAGGUUAAAUCUUUUUUUUAAAUUAUGAUUAAAAGAAAAUAUAUGCAUUGCCUUUGUCUGAUAUGCUGCCUUUGAGGUUUGGUUAUAAUCUGGAUGCAACAGUCAUUUCAUUAAGCUUAUGUUGUAUUAUAUUGAUAUAUUGGUCCUUCUCCAGCCUGACGAGGAUGUUAAUUGCAGAAUCUCUUUUGCUGCAUCACAAUAAAUUCACAGAGCUGUCUCUAGGGUGUGUACAAGGCUGCAAACUGGUUGCAGUUCUUCCUUCAGUAUGGGGUGUGCGGAAGCUAUCCCAUUGCUGUCUUAUGUUCUUAGGUGUAAGUAUCAUUUUACUGGUAUCAAAAGGAAGUGUACCAGUAUUUUUCUGUUGUACCUAAUCUGAAGACUGAAGGCCUGUAAUGCAUGGCUGUUCUUUUUUUUUUUAUUUUUUCCUAAUCAUAAUACAGAAAGCACACUGUACCAAUUUUCCUCAUACGCUAUAUGCCCCGACGGCAUCUCCUGCUACCUUACAAUAAAUCUGUAGAUUAGUUUUGUCACAGGAGUAUGUACAACUUCUGAAAGUAUAAAGCUGUUUGGAAUGUUCUUCAGUUGAUAACUAAUCUAGUCAUGUGUACUGUGGCAGCUGUAAAGUGAGUUCCAUCUGGUCUGGGUGGGAUGCUCAAGAGUGCCGUCCUUGAAACGACUAUUUGUAGGAGAAAGCAAAGGGUUGAUGGUGUGGGGUUACUCUGGGCAGUCUUCAGCCCAGAAGUCUCAAUCUGUCCAGCAGCAAGUACCUGAGCAAGUGUUUAUCAUCUUGCAGGGAUAGAUCUUCCCUGCAAUUCUGUGCAUGACUAUGGACAUAUGCCUGAGCAAUCACUAGGAGUGUCUGCUACUGUCUACCUUAACCAGGAAAGGGAAGGGCUGUCAGUGUCUUUCCCUUUUGCUAUCUGCCCUGAAUGUUGAUCACAAAGAGCGUAAGGCUGUAACAAGCAUUUGAGAUGUGUCAGCAGGUGAUAAGAGGGGUGCUUACCCAUGCCAAGCCAUGAGGAGACUUGUCCCUGAAGCUCAGUUUGGAAGUAACAUUGCUUAUGACUUCAGAUACACUCUCAGUCAGAGUUUCUGCUGAGAAAGGAGAGAGAGACUGAGCUGGGUAAACAGGAUUUCCUGCCUGCCACAAAUGUCUGCCAGUACUGUAUGUGAUGUAAACAGGAAAAACUAAAACUAGCUGGUUUUGAAACUGGUGGCCAAACAUGAGAAGAACAAGAAAUGAAAAAGAAGAAAGUGAACGUUUCAUUGAAGCUGGAUGUUCUGACAAAGAAUAAAUACGAUACUGUCUUGGCUUGUUAGCACCAGCUAUUAUCUUAAUGAACUUCCAGGCCAAAAGACACCUGAUAAUAAACUCAGUAUGUUCAGAGGCUGAAUGUUAGUGAGAACAGUUGUUUCCAUGGUAGUGUUACGGAAGCUUGGUGGUGGUGGUGUGUCCCCGAGACUUAUUGCUCAUAAAGUUGCAUGCAUGAAAACACUAUCAGCUGUCAUUUCUCACCAGCAGGCACGUUCAUUUCACUUGAAAUACGCUUUAUUCAUUAAGAAUUUCUUUUAAGCAUUAUACAAAAAUGGUGUUUUGUUUUUGUCAUAUUUGUCUGUAGUGCAAGGAUAAAUGUAUCACCAGAACAGAAACCUGAAGAUAAAGUAUCAGCUUUAGCCUGAAUGUGAUCUAAGUGCUAUGACAAAAACCUUGAUGGGGUUUUCAGAGGCAGAAAGCCACUGCAAGUUCAUCUUCAUGAAUGCAUUUUUAGCUUAAGAGGAGCUUAGGCUUUAAGCCCCAGUAACAGUUUACUUGGAAACAGCAACACACUGCAUGUGGCUCUAGAUCAAUCUGAUGUGAGUUAUCCGUAACCCUCCUCCCCUAUAUCUCGCUGCUGGUAGUAAUCCCAUUAGGUGAUUGCAUCUGGUGUCCUUGACAGAUGGAUUUAGUCAAUUGAAAAAGAACUCCAGGUGGUUUAAUCGACUGUGUGGUUGUUUUAUAACCAGAGUCUCUUGUACCUACAACUUUGCCUUAAGUGGAGUGGAUCUAUGGCUCAUUACUAGGCUCUAUCAGUUAUGUACAUAACCAUCUUGUUAUUUACUUAAAGCAUCUCAAUUCUUGUAGUUUUAAGUGUUUUCUUUUCCUGUAGAACUGUCUUUAGAUUGGGUCUGAGGAACUGGGGAGAAUGGUUUUAGAUUUGAUGAAGUGAAUGAAUUUUGCAGAAUCGCAAUUACAAUAUGCAUUACCUAAAUGAUAGCUGUGAUUAGUCAAUAUCUUUUGGGUGUAGGGAUAGCUGGAGAAGAUGCUCAUUUCUUUUUUUUUUUUUUUUCCUAGUGUAGCUGUGUUAUUGGAAUCUGUUGUCUAGUUUUCCUUCAGAGAAGUCACCUCUUGUUGUAUCCAUCAGCUUGCAUUUAACAGUCGCUGGCAGGGAGGUAUGGUUCGAUCUGCAGCAUUCACAAUACAAAAUCAGCAGAAUCUAACCUGUACAGACACAUCAGGCAAGGCUAUAGCACUGUACUUGCAGGCUGUGUUGUCCAGGAUGGUGAACUCUGACUGUUUGUACAGUUUAGGUGAGCUGUAGCUUUUUUAUGUUUGGCAGAAGUGUGUUGGUAAUGCAGUAUGCCUUGUGUUGAUAGAAUAUAGGAAACAUAGAUGGUUUUUGAGUUGUGUACAGAAGGGAAAAAGGCUGAUAACCUACUUCAAGAGUUAGUUACAGUUAGCUAGUCAUAUUUCACUGUUUUAUUACUGACUGAAACAAAUACAGUAUUUUCUGGCUUUAAUGAAAGGAACAUAAUAGAAAAUAGGGAUUGUCAGAACGAUUACAUAAUGGAAACUUUCAGAUAUUAAAGUUUUGCUGCAUCCUCAAAGUGGCUAAAAAGAAAGCAUAGGAAACUCUGAACUGGCCCGUUUCUUCUAUAAAUGAGGUAGGAUCAAAGGAAAAGCACUGAACUGGCCUUCUGCAGUAGCAGAUAAGUACAACCCUAAUUCCUAGGAAAAGGAGAACAUCAAAAUUUUGUGUUGGGACAGUGCUAUAAGUGCACUUUCUUAAAGAUGCACUAAGAUAAAGCACACAAAGGUGUUGAGCUGCAUUGUAUUGCUCAGUUUUUGACUGUUAACCUUACUGCUGAAGCUUCAGCAUGGAAAAAAAACUACAACUGGAAAAGCAUUAUUUUGUAACAUGUUGCCAUGGCCAAAUCACCCAAGUCAAGUUCUGAUUUAAUAUUAUUGACUGAAGGGUCAUUAAAUGUGUAAUAUAAAAACUGUGAUUCUUUCCUUUCUAGAAAGGGCCUGCUUUUACAAAACGCUGAGGGCAUGAUGACCAGCAUUUACAAGCUGGUGUAAUGAACAGUGAGGCUGAUGAUGAAGAUGACAUCUAUUUCACAUCUGUCAUUUGGAGGUCAUCUCACUGUCACCCGCAAAAUAAAGGAAAACAUGAGGAUGUUUCUCAGAAGCAAUGAGAUUAAGUGGAUCAGCUGGUGUGUGGUGCCUAGUGGAAAGAAGCUUAUUUAAAUUAAGAGGAGCAGAGAAUCUGUGCCUCAGUACUAAAGGAAGAUGGACUCCACAGAAGACCUUGACUAUCCUCAAAUCAUCUUUCAAUACAGCAAUGGAUUUUUAGUCUCAAAGGUUAUGUUCACUGCCUGUGAGUUAGGAGUGUUUGAUCUUCUGCUGGAGUCAGGACAACCUCUAUCUUUAGAUGUCAUUGCUGCACGCUUGGGUACAAGCAUCAUAGGGAUGGAAAGACUUCUGGAUGCCUGUGUGGGAUUGAAGCUUUUGGCAGUAGAGCUGAGACGAGACGGAGCCUUCUACAGAAACACAGAAAUUUCCAAUAUCUACCUUACGAAGUCAAGUCCCAAGUCUCAGUACCAUAUUAUGAUGUAUUACUCCAAUACCGUCUACUUGUGCUGGCACUACCUGACUGAUGCUGUGAGAGAAGGAAGAAAUCAAUAUGAAAGAGCUUUUGGCAUUUCAUCUGAAGACCUCUUUAGAGCCAUGUACAGAUCAGAAGAAGAAAUGCUGAAGUUCUUGGCUGGCCAGAACUCAAUCUGGAGUAUAUGUGGCAGAGAUGUACUUACUGCAUUUGACCUUUCUCCUUUCACACAGAUUUAUGACCUGGGAGGUGGUGGAGGAGCUUUGGCCCAAGAAUGUGUUUUCUUGUAUCCAAAUUGCACAGUCACAAUUUAUGACCUGCCCAAAGUUGUACAAGUGGCCAAAGAGCGACUGGUUCCCCCGGAGGAGCGACGAAUUGCCUUCCAUGAAGGAGAUUUUUUUAAAGAUUCAAUCCCUGAAGCUGACCUCUACAUUUUAUCAAAGAUACUUCAUGAUUGGGAUGAUGAAAAAUGCGGGCAGCUGCUGGCAGAAGUUUAUAAGGCUUGCAGACCUGGUGGUGGAGUGCUGCUGGUUGAAUCACUCCUGAGUGGAGACAGAAGCGGACCUGUGGAAACCCAGCUGUAUUCACUGAACAUGUUGGUGCAGACAGAAGGAAAGGAGCGAACAGCAGCUGAGUACAGCAAGCUCCUUGGGGCAGCUGGCUUCAGGGACAUCCGCGUCAGGAGAACUGGAAAACUCUAUGAUGCUGUUCUAGGGAGGAAAUGAUGGUGUAUUUUAUUCUGUAUUACUAAGUACACAUGGAGAAAUGUGAUAUUCUUUUCGUAGAAGGCUAUUAUAGAUGUAGCUUUUAUUGAAGGAAGUCAACUUUUCUGUUAGCUGAUACGUUGUCAGGAGAAGCAUUAAUAAUAUACUUUCAGUGUGGAUAGGUUGUGAAUUCAGCAGCCUGACUAGGGCUUGCCUUUGGAUCUGAAUAGCAGAGAGAGAAAUCGACACCUGUUCCACAAUAAAUUACCCAUGAAAGAAAUGCGCAGUGUUGCUGCUAACCACUUUACAUAUAUUUCUUCUUAUUUUUUAUUUUUAUUUUAAGUUUAACAGAGUACCUGACAAAAGCAAAGAUGAAUUUUCAUUUGUGGAUUCCUGCAUAAUAAA